AUGUAUCCGUACCGUGGGAAUGAUGCUAUCUACGUCUUCGGCGGUGUAAGAGAUUUGCCGUACUCUAGAGCUGAGCAAUGGUACGAUAGCGCUUUGGCGAAGAUAAGUUUGUCCAAAUCCUGGGACUACAUACUCGAUGACUCAGUAAUUACGGCUCUUGGUUCCCACAGCGUAUCAGAUGGACCUCCACCAUUCCUCAUGUAUAGUACCAUAACUUAUGACUCCAACGGUGGAAUUUACAUCGAGGGAGGCGCACGAGCGAUAUUCAACACCACAUCCAAUGUUUCAACAACACAUCCUAUGCCUAUCGGAUCCCCAGCUGAGAAUGCUUCAUGGAGUCUUUCGAAGACAGACAGAUUUUGGAAACCAUUGAUGAGAACUAUUACAGAGUCGAGUCUAUUCAGGACCCAGAUCCUCUACACACAAGCACCCGACCAGAACUUAAUCUUCUACCUGAACGGGAUACUGAGCAAUGGUUCAAACGAGCGGGUGUACCCAAAGAUGACAAUUAUCAAUACGCGAACAAAUAGUUCACGAACCGAAUCUCUGGGCACAAUACAUGUCUUUGACAUCGCCUCAUUAGACGACACGCCCAAUGCCUACCGGAGGAAGAACACCUGUUUCGCGGCUCUCAACGUGUGCAGUGAACAUCUUAUCUCCGGACAGAACAAGUUACCACAUAUAUCUGGCUUGUGGUCGCUCCCCGGCUCAGAUCCUUCACGACGUAUGGAUAUUGUCACUUCCGCAGUUCCAAUGGACACAGGUAUUCACGGGUACUCGGCCGAGUUAUGGUGCGACUUGCCAACUCGUUGGCAAGAAGCAGAUGCUUAUGCUUGGUGGCACAGAAGCGUCUUCAAGCUCAUGCGAUAG